UUAAUUUUUAAAAAAUAAAAGUAUUCCCUCCCAAGUAUAAGAUCCAACGGCUGAUAUCACUCAGAAACGUUUACACUAAAUCUGAAUCUUCACCUUCCGAUUUACAUUCAUCCUCUUUCUUCUUCUUGCUACCACCUCUCACUCUCAGAUCUCACAAAGCAAAAAAAGAAAAACUCUCUCUCUAGUCGAAAUGGUGGAAGCUCAAUCAUGGACCACGCGGCGGAUGAGCAACCCGAGAUUCGACGCCGCCGCAACCACCACACCAACAGUCAUCGACAUCCCCGGAACACCUCCUCACUCCUCCUCUUCCUCCACCGGAAAACCUUUCUUCCUCUCCUCCCCCACAGUGUCUCCCUCCGUCCUCACGGCGGCGAUAAUCGCCGCCUGGUUCGGCUCCAACAUAGGAGUCCUCCUCCUGAACAAGUACCUCCUCUUCUACUACGGUUUCCGCUACCCGAUCUUCUUGACAAUGACGCACAUGCUCUCCUGCGCCGCCUACAGCUCCGCCGUCAUCAACAUCGCCGGCAUCGUGCCGCGUCAGCACAUCCUAUCCCGCCGUCAGUUUCUGAAGAUCCUCGCUCUCUCCGCGAUCUUCUGCCUCUCCGUCGUGUGCGGCAACACUUCGCUCCGUUACAUCCCUGUCUCUUUCAAUCAGGCGAUCGGAGCCACCACGCCGUUCUUCACCGCCGUCUUCUCUUUCCUCAUUACCUGUAAAACGGAGUCCACCGAAGUUUACUUGGCUCUGCUUCCCGUCGUCUCCGGCAUAGUUCUCGCUUCUAACUCCGAGCCUUCGUUUCAUCUCUUCGGUUUCCUCAUUUGCGUCGCUUCCACCGCCGGUAGAGCUCUUAAAUCCGUCGUCCAGGGGAUUAUCCUGACGUCUGAAUCAGAGAAGCUACAUUCGAUGAAUCUUCUGCUCUACAUGGCUCCAAUGGCAGCGUGUAUCUUACUACCAUUUACACUCUACAUCGAAGGAAAUGUAUUAAGAAUCCUAAUCGAAAAGGCUAGGACCGAUCCAUUGAUCAUCUUUUUGCUCGCCGGGAACGCUACAGUGGCAUAUUUAGUAAACUUGACGAACUUCUUGGUGACAAAGCACACGAGUGCUCUCACCUUGCAGGUUUUGGGCAACGGGAAAGCCGCCGUGGCUGCAGGAGUCUCGGUUUUGAUAUUUAGGAAUCCGGUGACGGUGAUGGGUGUUGCCGGAUUCGGAGUCACGAUUAUGGGAGUGGUUCUCUAUAGCGAAGCUAGGAAGAGAUCCAAGUUGCUUAACCAGAAGUGAAGUGUGGAAGUGGGACAAGAGACUGGGGUUAAACCGGUGAAGUAAUUUCUUAUUUUAUGGUAUUUUUCGGUUAAAGUAUCUUGAUUCUUUGGCAUUCUGCUAUUGUUUUGAACCGGUUUGAGAGGGGGGAAAUGUAACUGUAAAUGGUUGAGAACUUGAGAUUGAUUGGGGAAAACUGAAAAGAUAUGAAAUUGAAAAGGGUAAUCCACACAGUAAUGAAGCAAGGUUCUCUCCAGCAGUUGACACAUCAGAUUUUAAAAUGAAUUUGAGACUGCCAUGUCAAUAAAUGAAAAAACUAGAAACACCACUCACAACAUUUGGUCCAUCCACGUCACUUUCUUCUUCUGCUUAAUCGAACGCCAAACUAUUUACUCAUUCUUCUCCAGUUACCUAGAAACUUAAAUACUCUUCUUCUCCCUAAGCGACUUACGAUAAUAUCAUCAUUAUAAAGGGACUACUAAUACACAUGUUAAACGUGAAUCAUUAUUAUAAUCUUCUCUGUUUUCGUCUUAUCUACCCGAGAUAUCUCCAUCUUAGAGGUGGAAGAGUUCUUGGCUGGUGGAAUUUAGUGUUUGUGCGCGGUGGCCAUAGACGCGUUGUGACGGCGGAGGAAAGUUGUCGGCGUUCGAGGUCACGGGACCCUCCGAAGAUGGCUCUUUCUGAGAAGAAUAAUCCUAAAUGGGUCCAUGGUCGGUUUCGAACACGCCGGGGACGCCGAAUCCGCUAACCAUCCGUGUUCAGAGUUGGGGCUCCUUGCUCGGUCUUCUCACCCUCGCUUGAGUAUCUUCUCUCUUUAGAUUUUUUGAGUUGUAGAUCUUGUUGUGUUUUCUGUUUCGAUGUUUUGUCUAAUCCUCGUCCUGUUGGUCUUGCCAACAUUUCUCCGGUGCUAGAAUAUAAGAUUCUGAUACCUUUUUGGGUUAAAACUUUAAUAUAAUUUCGUUUUAAAAAGAGAUGAAAAAAAACAAUUACGUGUUAAUUGACCCAGAGAAAAAACACAGCAACAAAGGAAGAAGAAGCAUGAGAUGAGAUGAAGAAGGAGAUGAAGCAAGAGUCUGAGGUAAAGAAGGAGAUGCAAUAAAAGAAAGAGACGGCUGUACCCAGACAACAAAACGAAAAGAGAAAUUAGGUUUGAUUUAGAUACUUGGGUGAACAACUUUUUUCUUUUUCUUUUAGUUUUUUUGUUAAAUCGGUUGGUUUACAGUUCGGUUUUCAUUAACCUAACCGAUCCUUACUAUUUUGAAAAACGAGAAGAAAUGACACUCUAAAAUAAUAACCGAAAACUGAAUUCAAUUUUAUAUGUGAUUGAUUUUGUGUA